AAUUGAAUUUCCGAAAAGGGUUGGUAAACACUUUCAUGUUUAGCGAAUUCAGGACUCAAUUCUUCUCUCGGACUUUAACCUUUUGACACGCCUGUAUGUUUAUAUGCUUGCCACAGCCUUCUAAAGCAGAAGAGAACGUAAUCAUAUGACAAGAAGGAGACGUUUUCAACGAGUGCAACUGUUGUUUCAUUUGAAAAUUGUUUCGUCGCAUGCAAAUUUUGGCGUAAAUAUUCAAGAAGGAAACAUUUCUUGGCAAGAAUUCGGAAACAGCGAUUGACAUGGGAUAAACAGAUAUUUAAUAUCGUUUGGAGGUCUGGCAAUGUCAUCAUACAGAAUUGACACAAUUGACCUGGGCCGGCUCUGAAUACUACAUAAAUCAUCGUGUAUAAAUAUCUAAACUCCAGAUCAACAGCAAACUGUUUCACUGCGAAGGCAGGUCGCCCGCAGCCGUCUUCAAAAUACUUCAGCACUCCGCAAUCGUCGACGAUUCCCUCUGACGAUCGACUUUUCAAGAUGGAACUAUGGCGAACAAUGGUCGCUGCUUUUUUUGCAACGCUCUUGUUUUCAUUUGUUGAAACAAAGAAAAGAAAGAAAGCCAAGCACCAAGUUCAGGUAGAAACGCUACAGAAACUGUGCCGUGGGUCCUUACCUCCAAGCACCAAAAAGAACAUCUUGGAGCUUCAAGCGUUUUUCGACCUCAGCAAGGCAUUUGCAUGUCUGAAAGUCGAAACUUGCUCGCGUGUUCCGGUAUGUUUUGUUGAGGAUACGCCCGGCCUCGGACACGAAAGUCUGAGCGAUUGCACACUGUGGAAUCUACUCCUUCUAGGACUCCAGAAAAAUCGCCGGAUAGAGCCUGUGGUGGAAAAUCCUGUGAGUGCUCGAUACCAUGGUAAGUUUCGCAUGGAUUAUUCCUGGGACGAGGCUGUCAGCAACCUGUGUCACGGAGCCAACGUGUAUCGCUUUGUACCCACUGAUACUGACGACGUGGGAAACACCAGCAGCAAUGCUACUUCCCGAAAUUCCACUGCUACCUUGCCGACUACAGCUCCAACAACCAAUCGGCAUAAAAAAAGACAAGGCGGAUCGCUAAACAAGUUUAUCAAGCAGUUAAGAAAAUUAAACAAGCAUAGCACGAACAGCAAUUCUACUUGUGAAGAGCUCAGAGGGUGCCAACGUAUUUGCGUAGGGCAAAACGAGCAGUUGACAAAUGUGUCCGAUUGCCGUACGUUCAAGAUCCACUGUACAUCAAGAAAGCUCUUCAGAAGGUCGGCAAAGAGUAAAACUCAAAAGACGAAGAAUAAAAAGCAUAAACCCAGAUCAAACUAGAAAACGAAGGGUUUGACAUAAGUCUAUUAGGAUCGUGAGAACAUGCAGAAACCUUAGAAAUUCUCCAGAGCGUAUGAAAACUAAAGGUGAAACAUGAUCAUAGAACUCUGUGACAGAGUGCGCAGAAGUUAAUUCAGCGAACUUAGAAGUUGGACAAAUAAGAUAAAGAUGUCGAAAAGAAUUUUGUCGCACGGUGACAGGUUUUUGAGCUUUAUUUAGUUAGGUUCCUCAAUUUUUUUUCUUGGACGUCUAAUUAUAGUUUUUUUUAUAGUGGAGUAGAUUUCCCCCUUAGCUGUUGUUUUCAUAUGCUCAAUUGGAAUUUAACUCUUUAAGAGUAAAAGAAAAACCUACACAACUUAUAGCGAUAUAACUUGACGAAAUAUCCCUUAGUCGGGUUUGCAUACGGUAAAGACAUUAACAUGUCUCGCUGAGAAAAAGACGUCAACUACACAACGUGAACCUACCGACAUUGAUAACUAAGGCAGCGUCCACAAUACUCGUGAGAAAUUUGAAAAAGCAGCUUUAAUCCUGCUUUCCGAAAACGCUUUUCAAACCGGAGGAAUUUGAAAACGCCGGCUUUUCACCUUAGUGUGGACGGAAAACAUUUUAAAAACGGACCUUAUCUAAAACGAUGGCGGUAAAGACAAAUCCAAAAUGACCGGUGAUUGUUGCGUUUUUAAAUUCCUCCGGCGUAGUGUGGACGGAAAACAUUUGAUGCGUUUCAGAGUGAGACCUCCGUUUUCAAAUUUCUUCGGCGUAGUGUAAGCUAAGCCAUUAGUCACUGCAAACAACAAAAGUCGUGUACCACUUUUGACAGACAAAAUUACUAAGGGAAAAAGUUUUCGUCAUUAAUCUCAGAAGUAGUUAUGUUAUUGAAAAACAAUGCAUUUGUAGUGCGGCAAAACUCCAUUUUAUUGGCUUAACACGCCUGUUAAUGGAAGACAUAAGAAUUAGUGACAAUAUUUUAUGGAUUUUUUUCUGUAAGUUAAAGCCUGUAAUUGUACAUAGGACACUUAGUUCUUGAAAAGAACGGAUAAAUAAAUGUAUUAAACAGGACAGAA